AUUACAUUUAUCAUCAUAAUAGAGCAAUCCAGAAUAUCGUAGAUAAUUCAAAUUUAUUCUGUGAAAAAAGAAAAAUUUGCCACCCAAAAUUGAAUAUUUCCCUAAAUAAAGAGGUAGAAAAAAAAGUGGUGUGAAAUUGUGAAUGAAAAAACAAGAAGAACGUGUUCUCCUUUUACGUCCACGUUCUCGAUUCCAAUUUCCAACUAAUAAAGAGGAAGGGUAUUUCCGUCAUUUAAAUAUUUUGUAAAAAAAUCUUGUUUGUACCGAAAUCCCAGCGUGGUUACUAGUUACCAAUAUCAAUACCAGAUCGUUACCCAUUUCUCUCUCAGCAUCAGUUUUUGGGUAUUAUGGCGUCUUUGGCAGGGAAGCUUAUGCAGGCUCUUCAGUUUGAUAGCUAUGGCGGAGGAGCUUCUGCUCUAAAGCAUGUUGAGGUUCCAGUGCCUACUCCUAAAAAGAAUGAGAUUUUGGUUAAAAUGGAAGCAUUGGCUCUGAAUCCAGUGGAUUGGAAAAUUCAGAAAGGGAUGUUGCGCCCACUUUUCCCACGCAAAUUCCCCUACAUUCCUGGUACUGAUGUGGCUGGUGAAGUAGUAGAGGUUGGACAAGGAGUCAACAAAUUCAAAGCUGGUGACAAAGUCUUAACAUUUCUUGGCCAAGCCAAUGGAGGUGGACUUGCUGAGUUUGUUGUGGCUGGAGAGAACUUGACAGUGGCUCGGCCGCCUGAAGUUUCAGCAGCUGAAGCUGCAGGCUUGCUUGUUGCUGGCCUCACAGCUCACCAGGCGCUCACUCAAUCAGCCGGGAUCAAGCUUGAUGGGACUGGCGAGCAAAAGAACAUUCUGAUAACUGCAGCCUCUGGUGGUGUGGGUCAGUAUGCUGUUCAAUUGGCCAAGCUUGGAAACACACAUGUUACAGCUACUUGUGGUGCACGCAACAUUGAACUAGUGAAGAGCUUAGGUGCAGAUGAGAUUCUUGACUACAAGACCCCAGAAGGGGCAGCUCUGAAAAGCCCUUCCGGACGAAAAUAUGAUGCUGUGAUCCACUGCGCGACGGGAAUUUCUUGGUCAACUUUUGAGCCUAAUCUGAGUAAGAACGGGAAGGUUAUUGAUAUUACUCCCGGGCCAGCAGCAUUACUUACAUUUGCUCUCAAAAAGGUUACCUUCUCUUCAAAACAAUUAGUACCACUUCUCAUGAGUGCCAAGAGUGAGAAUAUGGAAUAUCUUCUGAAUUUGGUGAAGGAAGGAAAGCUGAAGACAGUGAUUGACUCAAAACAUCCAUUGAGCAAGGCUGAAGAUGCUUGGGCCAAGAGUAUUGAUGGCCAUGCCACUGGGAAGAUCAUUGUGGAGCCUUAAGUACAUGAAAUGCACACAUAUAUAAUUAUAUUGCAAAUCUUGUGUGAUGAUCCAAACACUUUCUCGUUACCAUUAUCUAUUUAAAUGUCUUUCUUGUGAGGACUAUAGUUGUCCCGAUUGUUGGUAUGUAUGUACUAUGUACAGUUUAUUAUAAAGCAUAGAACAUAUUAUUUAUAAAGUAUUUUUACAAGAGUGCAUUUCUUAA